UAUGAUGAGACAUCAGCCACAUUUGAUUGGCUCUUCAAACAAUUUCUCAUUUGCAUGAACGGGAAGGAACCGGGAGCUGUUUUUACCGAUCAAGCAGCAACAAUUGCUGCUGGUACGAGGACAGCAUUGUCGCGCACUUAUCAUGGGCUGGGCCCAUUCCAUAUAACAAUGAAUGCAAAGAGUAAUGGGUUGUGGUGGUCAACAUUUUUGGAAGAGUUUUCCUUCUUGAUGUAUGAUUUGGAGACGGAGGAUGAAUUCGACUAUUAUUGGAAGAAGAUGCUUGAGAAUUGCUUCAAUGAAGAAGAAGGGAAGAAAUUAACAAGUAAGAUUGAGACAUGGCUGCAAAACCUCCACAAAGUGAGAAGUAAAUGGUCAUCGGCAUGGCUGAAAGAUCAUUUUGCAUGUGGAAUGAGAAGCUCACAACUCAGCGAGAGUUGCAACAACCAUUUGCGUAAGUAUCUCAAGUCAAAACUUACUUUGUGGGAGUUUUUUAUACAAUUCAACAACCUUCUUGAAGCCAAAAGACAUAAGGAGUUGAGAAGUAACUAUGAUGCAUUGAAUACUAUUCCAUACUUGGCUUUCCCGAACAGUGAGAUUCUUCAACAGUUUGUUACCAAAUAUACACAAAAUAUAUUUGGGAACAUGCAAGAUGAAUAUUCCAAGUCAAUCGAAUACCAUAUACGACCAAACAACUCCAAUGAUAUAGAUGGAAUGUUUGCAUAUGAGCUUCACAAACUAGAUCAACAAAGAAAUCCUAUUGAUAAGAGGAUUGUUAUGAUUGACUUUGUGGAGCGUAAGCUGAUUUGCUCAUGCAAGAUGUUCGAGAAGUGUGGAUGGCUUUGUGGCCAUGUGUUGCGCGCAAUAGAUCACCUCGGCUAUGGAGGACACCCAAAAAUCCUGAAUAUUCACACACACUACAUAUUGAAGAGGUGGACUUAUUAUGCAAAAUCUGGUGAUUUCACACUACCGGCAGUACAACAGACAGCAGAGAGGGUGCACUGUUCAAGGGUGAAACAACUUACUGGAUCAAUGAAUUUGCUUGCAACAUGCACUUGUAUGGAUGCUGACAUAUACAAGAUGCUUGAGGAAGGAAUGCAAGCAUUGAAGAUUCGUGCUGAAUCCAUGAUGCCUGCCAUAAAGUUUGGCCAACCUAGCACAAGCACAAGUAAGAAAUGAAACACUACCUUUAAUCUGGUGCAGGUUUGUAAUGAUAUCACUUAUUGUUUGUAUACUUAGUAUGUUUUUUCAUAAUAGUUAGUAUUCUUUUAGUUGAUAUUCAUAUCAAUGACUGUUAGUAAUGAUAUUGGUUAAAGUUUGUAUUGUUAGUAUAUUUUUCUGGUAUGUUUCUUUGUAUGAUAAGAUUGGCUACAAAAACUGACUAUUGCUGUUUAAUCCUUUGUUUUUUUCCUAUUCUAGAAGCAUAAAUGAAUCCAACAAGUUCAGAGAGCGAACCACUUUGGGAGAAAGCAUUAAAAGUCGGGACUAAUCCAUUUAAAUCAAGGACAAGGAGGAAGAAUCGUAUUGAAAUCAUUCAAGAAAGGAGAAGACAAACAAAGUUACAAGAAAGGGCAUAUGAAGGAAAGUAAAUACAUGAUACCUGCCAUGAAAUUUGGCCAGCCUAGCACAAGCAGCAGGUUUGUAAUGAUAUCAGUUACGUUUUGUAUCCUUAGUAUUUUUUAUCAUAACAGUUAGUAUUCUUUACGUUUAUAUUCAUAAGCUUGACAGUUAGUAAUGAUAUUACUUAAAGUUUGUAUUGUUAGUAUAUUUUUCUGGUAUGUUUCUUUGUUGGAUAAGUAUGCUACAAAAACUGACAACUACUGUUUAAUCCCAUUGUAGAAGUGGAAACAAAGUUACAAGGACAAGGAGGAAGAUUAGUAGUGAAAUCAUUCAAGAAAGGAGAAGACAAACAAAGUUACAAGAAAGGGCGGAUGACAAAAAAUAAAUACAUAGACAGAACGGCUUGCCAUAUCAUAUAUUACUUGAUAGAUACAUAGAUAAAUUUUAGUGAUUGCAUAGAUAUAUUUUGGAGUUUACGAAACUGAAUAAAUGUCACAUCAAACAAUUCAUUUGUUGCGUUCUUUUUCAAUUCAUAUUUGUAUGUUUCUCAUGCUUAUUCUAUGUUAGACAGGAACAUUACGAAAUAGGAUACAAAAAAUUACGAACCACAACAACAAAACAUACAAACUACUGUGAUAAAAAUUACAAACCACAACAUAGAUAGCAACCACUCUACUGUUCAUACAAAAAAGGACAAGUGUUUACAAUCUCAAAAAAACUUAAUGGUUAGCAAUAGCCUUCUAACCAUAACACCAACAGCCACACUACUGUUCAUAUGGCCACCGCAUUACAAAACAUGAGAAUGGAAAAUAGUACUAGUGCAUACUGUCAUGGAUUACAAAAAAAACACUAUUGGUUCCCUAUUCCAUCAUUUGUCAAGCGAAAACCCAGUACUGGAACUUCCUAAUGACAGCAACAAAUCUUCACUAAAAGACACAUUCAUCCUCAAUUGCUCGAUCAUCAAAUUGCUUGUCCCAUUCAGCAAAGUCAACAUAGCAUUAAUCUUCCGGUUGUAAAUAUAGGUUGGAGAAGACCAUUUUUCCCUCAUCGUCUUUGUAGCCACACCUUCCCAUUCUUCACAGUAGUUUAAACAGAUAAUGCCAGCACUAGUGAAAUUAUCAUAUGGAAUUGUGAUCCUCCGCCAUUUGAAGUCGUUAUCAAAGUCAUAUUUUCCUGGCAUGAUGUGCUGAAUGUAAGAUGUUGCAUACUGGACGACCAACUCUCCAACCCUCCUAAACCAAUCUAGAAAAUGCUUAGAAGGAGAGCUGUCAAGGUACUCGAAACGACGAUCCUUUAAGUUAACACAAUAUACAAUGAAAUGAUCAUCUAUACAACAUGGGAAAAGCCACUGCACAUGAAGAAGAAACAAAGAAGAAUCAUAAAAAGUAUAAUCAUACAAAGCAGAAUUGUACAAAGUGUACAAAGUAUACAAAAAAUAUGGAACAGAAUCACAAAGUGUACAAAGUAUACAAAAAAUAUGAAACAGAAUCACAAAGUGUACAAAGUAUACAAAAAAUAUGGAACAGAAUCACAAAGUGUACAAAGAAUGAAAUAUUCCAACUUAC